AACCGAGCGAGAUGUUCAAAGUGAUGCCACUGUCGAUGCUGGAACCUCAGAAAAGGCAGAAGACUUGCAGCAAGUGUCGAUGCAGGAUUCGAAGGUCGCGGAAGAGACACCUUCCGCAGUCGUUCCGGAAGAAGCAGAUCCGUCCAUAACAAACGUGGAGCUGCCUGACCCUUUCGACAUUGACUCCAACGACACUGGCAAUCAAUUUGCUGUCACCGAAUACUUGAGCGAUAUUCACAGAAUGCUGCGAGAUAAUGAGGAGCGUUGUAUAAUUGAUCAUACCUACAUGAAUCGACAACCAGAUAUCAACGCAAGGAUGAGAGUCAUCUUGAAUGAUUGGUUGAUCGAGGUUCAUUUGAAGUUCAAGCUACGCCAAGAAACUCUCUACCUCUGCUUCCAGCUCAUCGACCGAUUUCUAGAGCGCAACACUGUUCCAAGACAAUCUCUGCAGCUCGUUGGAGUCACUGGCUUAAUGCUUGCUAGCAAGUACGAGGAGAUCUAUCCGCCGGAGAUCAGAGACUAUGUCUACAUCUGCGAUAAUGCUUACACCAGAGAUCAGAUUCUGAAGAUGGAGCAGACAAUGUUGGAUAAGUUGAACUACACCCUCUCGUUGCCAACUUGCUGGUCCUGGAUGAAACGAUUUGCGAAGGCUGCUCACAAGGAGAAUGACCUGGAGUUCUUUCAUCUACUCUCUUACAUGAUCGAGUUGUCAUAUUUUCAGAUGAAGAUGUUGUCAUACAGGCCUUCAAUGCUUGUUGCGGCAUCUGUUUGUUUCGCAAAGAAGAUGUUGAAGGAAGAUCCUGAGUGGAGUGAGGUUUUGCAGCAUCACACCGGAUACGAAAUGGAGAAUAUGAAACAAUGCAUGAACGACUUGAGGGGUCUCAUCCUGCAGGCAAAGAACGAAACCCAAUACAAAGCAGUAUACAAGAAGUUCUCUCACUCCAAAUACAGUCAGGUGACAAGGCACUCCGUUGAUCACAUCCAAGAGAUGUAGAGAUGGGAAUCCCUUCUCAAUCUCUAGUCGCUGUCAACUUGUAACAUUCCCUUGGAUGAUUUCGCAUCUUCUUUCUUCUCCCUCCCCUUGGACUUGAGGUUGUUGGCGAUCAUGAAAGAUUCGAUGCUCUCUGUAAGAGAUGGGUUGCGUCUCGCGCACAACCGAACCUGUGAAUGAUUGAUAAGUCUCACUGAACAAACACUCAAGUGCGAAUAAAGACACAAGAAGU